UCAGCAGACGUGUCUGACCAGAUCCUUCGGGUGGUGGCCCGGUCCAGUCGACUAGAGGAACUGGUUCUGGACAACGCAGGACUCACUAGGGAUUUUGCCCAGAAGCUGACAAAUGCCCUCUCCCAUAACCCCAACUCAGGACUCCACACUGUCAACCUUGCCAAUAACCCACUGGAGGAUCGAGGAAUCACCUCCCUGGGAGCACAGUUCGCCAAACUCCCUAAGGGACUCAAGCAUUUAAACUUUUCCAAAACCUCAUUGUCACCCAAAGGGGUGAACAGCCUUGCCCAGUCACUGAGUGCCAACCAGUCCAUCCCCAGCACCCUCAGUCACCUGGACCUCUCAGGGAACAUACUGCGGGCAGACGACAUCCCGCAUUUCUACCAUUUCCUGGGCCAACCCAACAGCCUGACGACUCUGGACUUGUCCAACACAGACUGUUCUCUGGACCUGGUGUGUUCUGCUCUCCUGAGGGGCUCCGUCCAGAACCUCUGUCCUCAACAUGUCCAAGAGU